CACCGAACCAACCAAGUUGCGCCCCCUCCCCCAACGCCCUAAAAAAAUGGCCGCACGCCUCCGCCCCGGCAGCCCAGCAGCACACCGGUCAAAUUCAUGCUGGCUGCCGCUCCUCGGGUCAACUGCCCACGCCGGUCCAGCCCCACUCUCUCUCUCGUCUCGCCCACCCACCCACGCCUUUUACCCCACCCCGCGCGGCCGCGGCGGCGCCGGGGUGACCGGUGAGAGAGAGAGACUGAGGAGGAGUGUUGCCGUGAGGGGUCAGACGCCGGCGAGGGAAGCCACCGGUGCCAUACUGGACUGUUUGUUUGUUGACUGUUAGACUUGGACUCGGGGAUUAUACUAUUAUGACCAGUUCGUGUAUUUUUUCUGGCCGAGCAAGUUUCCCCGAGGAACUAUUUUGAUGCUACGAUAAUAACUGAAAGACAUGGAUCUGCUCAGCGUCCUAAUUAUAGCAUCUCUGCUCCCAUUUUCAGCAUCUGACCGUCAAGGUGAUGCGCUGUAUGAUAUGAAGCUUAAGCUGAAUGCUACUGGCAACCAGCUUUCUGACUGGAACCAAAAUCAAGUUAACCCAUGCACUUGGAAUUCUGUUAUUUGCGAUAACAACUACAAUGUUGUACAAGUAACAUUGGCAUCUAUGGGAUUCACUGGAGUUCUAUCACCACGAAUUGGAGAACUUGAGUUUUUGAAUGUUUUAUCCUUGCCUGGUAACAAGAUUACUGGUGGCAUACCUGAGCAGAUUGGCAACCUAUCUAGUUUGACAAGCUUAGAUUUGGAAGACAAUUUGUUGGUUGGACCAAUACCGGCUUCUCUUGGCCAGCUUUCAAAGCUCCAAAUUAUGAUACUAAGUCAAAACAAUCUCAACGGAACUAUUCCUGAUACUGUAGCAAGAAUCUCAACCUUGACAGACAUUAGGCUAGCCUACAAUAAACUCUCUGGUUCAAUACCUGGUCCGCUAUUUCAAGUUGCACGUUACAAUUUUUCUGGGAAUAACUUGACUUGUGGAACAAACUUUCUACAUGCAUGUGCAUCAAGUGUUUCUUUUCAAGGUUCAUCCCAUGGCUCGAAGAUUGGCAUUGUCAUUGGAGCAGUUGUAGGAGCUAUAGUGGUACUCAUAAUAGGGGCUGUGUUUAUUAUCUUUAAUGGAAGGAGGAAAAGUCAUCUAAGAGAAGUUUUUGUCGAUGUAUCAGGUGAGGACGAUCGAAGAAUCGCAUUUGGUCAGUUGAAAAGAUUUGCCUGGCGAGAACUACAACUUGCAACCGAUAGUUUCAGUGAGAAAAAUGUCCUUGGACAGGGGGGUUUUGGGAAAGUAUAUAAAGGAUCACUUCCGGAUGGCACUAAGAUUGCUGUAAAACGGUUAACAGAUUAUGAAAGCCCUGGUGGGGAGGCUGCAUUCUUGCGGGAAGUAGAGCUGAUUAGUGUGGCAGUUCACCGGAAUCUUUUAAGAUUGAUUGGCUUCUGUACAACACAAACAGAACGCCUACUUGUAUAUCCUUUCAUGCAGAAUCUUAGUGUGGCCUACCGUUUACGAGAAUUUAAACCGGGCGAACCAAUAUUGGAUUGGUCUGCAAGGAAACGUGUGGCAAUAGGUACAGCCCGUGGGCUGGAGUACCUACACGAGCACUGCAACCCCAAGAUCAUACAUAGAGAUGUCAAGGCUGCGAAUGUCUUGCUUGAUGAAGAUUUUGAGCCAGUUGUUGGUGAUUUUGGCCUGGCAAAAUUGGUAGAUGUACAGAAGACGUCUGUGACUACUCAAGUCCGUGGAACUAUGGGUCACAUUGCACCUGAAUAUUUGUCGACUGGGAAGUCAUCUGAGAGAACUGAUGUUUUUGGCUAUGGCAUAAUGCUUCUUGAGCUAGUCACUGGACAGCGCGCCAUUGACUUUUCACGCCUGGAGGAAGAAGACGAUGUGCUAUUGCUUGAUCAUGUGAAGAAGCUGCAGAGAGAAGGGCAGCUGGGCGCCAUCGUGGACCGCAACCUGAGCAGCAACUACGACGGGCAGGAGGUGGAGAUGAUGAUACAGAUCGCGCUGCUCUGCACCCAGGCGUCGCCGGAGGACCGGCCAUCCAUGUCGGAGGUGGUGCGGAUGCUGGAAGGGGAGGGCCUCGCCGAGCGGUGGGAGGAGUGGCAGCAGGUCGAGGUGACGCGGCGGCAGGACUACGAGCGGAUGCAGCAGCGGUUCGACUGGGGCGAGGACUCCAUCUUCAACCAGGAGGCCGUCGAGCUCUCCGCCGGCAGAUGACGCCGGCUUCCGAUGCAGGCCGGCCAUCGCCGUGCAUGCACCUGCCAAUGUUGAUAGAUAUACAUGUAUGCUUUGCUCUUACUAUAGGUCAGUUUGUAAGUCAUUAAAAACAACCCUCGUCAGUCGUGUGCUUGGGUGACAGUCAGCUGAUAGAGACGCAUCUGCUUCGCGAAGUGCCGAGCCACAGUUUCUACCACCCAUCGUCAUGGCAUCACGCGAAAAGACUGGCGUUUAAUUUUUUUUUACUCUUACGAAUAUUUAUAAUAGAUUAGAAAAUAGCCCGUGCGAUGCUACGGGUAAAAAAUACUUUGAAUAUACACAAGUAUCAAGGGAAACAUAGUCCUGAUAUGCAGACAUAUGCAAACAUCAAUAAUAGAAACAAAAUAAGAUAUAG